GGGGCCCGCGGCGGUCUCCUCGGGGUCGUGCGCGCGGCGCUGGCGACGGGCACAACUUAAGGAAAUGAUACGGUAGUCCCAAGUGGGUUGUGCUGGAGAUUUCAUUUCCGGGCGUGACGGCCCCCGAUUACGGGCUAACCGAAAGGUUGCCAUUAAUGCUGCAGAGAACCGUGGUCAAGCCGUGUCCUUGGUCGUGGAGAGCGAUAAGACAUUGGUUUUAAUCAGGUUUUUGUUACCUGCCAGUCUUCGUAUAGGAAGAGGAGUAGAGGGUAUUGGAGAAAAAGUGGAGGGCACGGGCCACGGAUGGUCAUUAUGGAAUUAGCCGUUUUAAAGGCCACAACACCAUUGGGAUGGGAAUUGUGGGGGCACUCCAGUGAAGAAAUGGACGAGUGUGUGUAAUCAUGAAAUCUCCUUGCUGACCAUCACCACCUGCUCUCCUUAAUAAGUGAGAGAGUGGGUUAGGGAAGGAAGAAAAGAGGUCACCAUGAAGCUUAAGCAGCGAGUUGUGCUGUUAGCAAUACUCCUUGUCAUCUUUAUCUUCACCAAAGUUUUCCUGAUUGACAACUUAGAUACAUCAGCUGCCAACCGGGAGGACCAAAGGGCUUUUCACCGAAUGAUGACUGGCUUGCGGGUGGAGUUGGCACCCAAGCUGGACCACACCUUGCAGUCACCAUGGGAGAUUGCAGCCCAGUGGGUGGUACCCCGAGAAGUGUACCCUGAAGAGACACCAGAGCUGGGGGCAAUCAUGCAUGCCAUGGCCACCAAGAAAAUCAUUAAAGCCGAUGUAGGUUAUAAAGGGACUCAGCUGAAAGCCUUACUGAUACUUGAAGGAGGACAGAAAGUUGUCUUCAAACCUAAGCGGUAUAGCCGAGACUAUGUGGUGGAAGGGGAGCCAUAUGCUGGUUAUGAUAGACACAACGCAGAGGUAGCAGCCUUUCAUUUGGACAGGAUUCUGGGUUUCCGCCGAGCCCCCUUGGUGGUUGGCAGGUUUGUUAAUCUACGGACAGAGAUCAAGCCUGUUGCUACGGAGCAGCUGUUGAGCACCUUCCUAGCUGUAGGAAACAAUACUUGUUUCUAUGGGAAGUGCUAUUACUGCCGAGAAACAGAGCCAGCUUGUGCAGAUGGAGACACAAUGGAGGGAUCUGUCACGCUUUGGCUUCCAGAUGUGUGGCCUCUGCAGAAACACCGACACCCCUGGGGCAGGACUUAUCGAGAAGGCAAAUUGGCCAGGUGGGAGUAUGAUGAGAGCUACUGUGAUGCUGUGAAGAAAACAUCCCCAUAUGACUCAGGCCCACGCCUCUUGGACAUCAUUGACACCUCUGUCUUUGAUUACCUGAUUGGCAAUGCUGACCGCCAUCACUAUGAGAGCUUUCAGGAUGAUGAAGGCGCUAGUAUGCUCAUCCUUCUUGAUAAUGCCAAAAGCUUUGGGAACCCCUCGCUGGAUGAGAGAAGCAUCCUUGCCCCUCUCUAUCAGUGCUGCAUCAUUAGGGUUUCUACCUGGAACAGACUGAACUACCUAAAGAAUGGAGUGCUAAAGUCUGCCUUAAAAUCUGCCAUGGCCCAUGAUCCCAUCUCCCCCGUGCUCUCUGAUCCUCACCUGGACGCUGUGGACCAGCGGCUCCUGAAUGUCCUGGCCACCGUGAAGCAGUGCACUGACCAGUUUGGGAUGGACACUGUGCUGGUAGAAGACAGGAUGCCUCUGUCCCACUUGUAACUGUCAACAGAAAAUAAGUGAAACUUAUUUUUACAAAGAUAGAGAAACAGCACAAUCAAUUCCAAAUGGUAUGAGAUGGCUUUGGAAGUGGCCAGCAGCAAGUUCUGGUGGUGGAGGACAGGAUGGCCUUGGGUGUCUUUGUUUUUUUCUGUAGUGGAAGCAAAAGCAAAGACCACAAGUGUCAGAGCUCGGGAUGUUCCUGCAGAAACACCUUCCAGCGUCCUCGGCAGUUGCCCAUUUCUAGCAGUGGUCAUCAGCAUUGGUCAGUCUGUGUUUCCAUACCAAAGGACAAACAGGUGUGACAUUUGGAUAAGUGAAUGCUGGGAUUGCUUCCAGAGUGUGUUUUGAGGAGAACCUUGCAGUCCUUUCUCCACACCUGUGAAUUUUGUGGAAAUACUUUAAGAUCUCUUGUGUCUUUUUUACCAAGACUAGUCUAAUUUGAAAGCUUACUGCCUCCUACGGAGUGGCGGCAAAUAAAACUUUGUCUGUUGAGCCAAAAUAACAUUCUCUGUUGGAGGGGAUAUGUUUUUAAGAUAAAAUUGAAGGGAAGGGCAAAAUUGGAAAGAAGUUCAGGUUUUUGAGCAAUUGGGUAGUAUGGUUUUGAUGAUCUUAAUGGAGGGAAGUAGAGAGACACCUGGUAGAACCAGAAUCUGGAAGAUGACAGGUUUCCCUGUAUUUAUGUUCUUAGUGUGUAGAAAGCAAAUAUGACUUUUACCUAGGUAAAAUCUGCAUUCCCACAAUUGUGUCCAAAUUAACAACAACAACAACAACAAAGUCUCUAGAGAAAAUUAUUUUACAACUCAAACAUGACUCUUUAUGGAGAAUUUUAUUUUCCUCUUUUGCCUAAAGCAGCUGGCAGAUCCUUUCCAAAUUAACAAAGCUAACUGAAAUAACACCUUGAAUAAGUUAGGCUGCCUGUGAUCUCUGUCGUCUUCACUUCUUUCUUGAAAUGAAUUUCCACCACGGCCUUUAAGGCAUUUGGUCAUUGAAAUUGAUGUUUUUGUGAGAAAAGGCAGAUCUUCUGCAGAGGACAGUGUACACCCUGGUGGUGGCUGGACAGAGCUGUGACUUGGGCCACGCAAAAGACUGGAAUCAAAAAACUAAGCCUUCUGAGCCUUGAAACUUAGGAGGUUGACAGAAGGAGCCUGAAGAUUUUGGUUUAUAUCAAAUCCUGAUUUCAUUGCUUAGUCUCAUUUGGAUUUUUUAACCCAUGAUGUAUAAUCUCCUCUUGGCACUCUCAAUUCAGACUGUUGAAAUGCAGAUUCUGGAGUGUCCACAACUAUAGAAAAUUAAUCGAGCAAAGCGGGGCAGGCCUGGGACACUCACGCUUCUGUGCAUUCAGAGACCAGUGCCCUGCUGCAUCUUGACCAGAUGCUGUUGAAGUUUUGUACUGCUGCCAAGCAUACACUAAUAUUUAAACAGAGUGGUUGAACACAUUUCAUGACCACCAUUGGAGACCAAUUUUGGGUGACCAAAAACAGCUUUCAAAUUUAUACCCAUUUUCUCACACUGAAAGAUAACUGGGUACUUGUAAGUACCUUAAAAUGACAUGGAAUUAGGAAACUUUUAUACUUUUUAUAUACAUCUUGAGGUGGUUAUAAGAAUAGACCAAGUUUUUUAAAAGGGUCUUGAUGUUAGCAAACAACGCUGAAAUAGUGUUGACAAAGAAGUGUUAAUCCCAGUUGUAAGACCACUUGCUGUGUGUGCCCAGGAACGUCACAGUCCACCUUGGUUGGUGCUUAAUCUCAAACUUCUAAGAGCUGAUAGAAAGGACACCAGUCUGCUCUGCUGUACUCUGCUCAUGAGUGUUCAUGGAACUAAAUUAUGGAUUAGUGUUCUUUUCAAAUAUAUGCUGCCUUUGGUGUACAACAAUGAGAUGAAUAAGAAUUGUUCUCAGAACAGGAAAUUUAUUCAUAACAUCAAAGGCAGAAGAUUCUGCUAAGGGAAAAAACAGGAGGGAAAGCUUUUUUGGCAAAUGUUCUAUCUGACACAUGCCUGUAUUCCUAGCCACUGAGGCAGGAGGAUCAUAAGUUCAAGGCCAGCCUCAGCAACUUAGGGAGACCCUGUAUCAAAAUAAAAGCAGCCGAGAAUGUUGUUGAGUGGAAGGGUGCCACUGGGUUCAAUCCCCAGUACUGUGCAAAAAAAAAAAAAAAAAAAUUGUGCUUUCUUCAGAGCAUUUGUAGAAAUUGUACCAUUUCAUUCUUUUCAAACUCAUGAUCUUAAAAUGUGUUCAGAGCCAUAGUGGUCAGAAUUAGAACUGAGCUGAAAGAGUGGUAUGACAUGCUGAGAACAUAAAUUUAUGUUCUAAGUUAGAAUUGGAUUAAGCUGGAAAAGUGUGUCUAGGUCAAUCUUAGAGAAAACUCACCAUAAGCUUAUAGCCCUAAAACACAAAUGCUAUGUUCUGUUUAAAAAAGAUCUUUUUAAAAGUUUUGUAACACUGGCCUCCUUGGGUUUGUUAUUAGAAUCUGGGGCUAUUGCAGUCGAACCAUUGGAAGGUUUUUGUCAGCUCUAAGUUAGGUAUGCCCACUGAACAUCUAGAUAGAUGCAGAUAUAUUUAAUACUAUAAAAAUAGGAAAUCAGAACUGAUUGUCAUUUUUGCUCUUCUCCCACUUCUUAAAAAUAUGUUUUCCAAAGUUUGUAGAAAUUUGGGCAUAUAGUUUUCAUUUUUAAACUGUUCUUUAAUGAUAUAAGACUGAAUUAUGAUUUGGCAGGAAAGGUAUAAAUAAUUCUCUGUGUAAAAAAAAUAAUAUUGUUGAAUAUAGUUUAAGGCAUUUCUCCCUAUUGGCAUUCAGGGUUAAUAUGUCAGAUGAAAUGUAAGAAGAAAAUGGGGAAAGUCAAAUCCUGUACAAGCCAAUUUUUUAAUGUCACUUGAAGGCAGCAUUUUCUUCCACAGAAAUCCAUCUUUUCUUUAAAAAAGAAAAAAGCACUUUGGCCUUUCAUUCCCAUGCACUGUAUUCCCCCAGCCUCCCUUCCCAGUCCUCCCUGUAUCUAUUCUCUUUGCCAAGUAACUGGUCACCCUUUGGGGAUGGUAAUGCCUCCCUUGGUGAGUUAGUUGUCUUGUGCAAGCUGUCCUGUGAUCUUGAGCUGCAGGAAACAUGGGUGAAGUUGUUUGUAUUAGUCACAUAAUUCUAGCAAGGAAAAUGUAUUUAUUUUGACACAGGAAAACACUGGCUCACAUUGCAGAAAGACUUGAAGUUUAUAAAAUGUUUUCUUCUCAAUCUCUGUGCGUGGACCUUCAGUAACACAUAGACCAUCCAUUCUGCACACACCUGCCAGGCAGGCCUGGUAAGCCAGGUGGGGACACCUGUCCCCGGGAAGCUUGCUUGGGGUUGGGAGGCGGGGGCUGGGGCAGCUUUUCUCCUUUCCACUCCUUCAGUCUGGGCGAGAAUAGGGUUUGGGUACUGUACUGUGCUCUUCAGAAACAGAACAUUGGGGGAAACAAAAUAUUACUCGGAAGCUAAUUUAUUCGCUUAAAAGGAGGUGUAAGAAUCACCACCCUCAUGUUUGAUCUGCCAAGGAUUUCCUCUCAGAGCUGUUGCACAAAUAGAGGAUGUACUUGGUAAGACACCACACAAUACAACUAAUGUGUUCUAUGGGUUUUGAUGCUGAAAAUAAAAGAUUUUAAUAAAUAUUGGGGUAUCAUCUU